AUGAGUUUUUUUGUUCAAAAACUUUCUGAUAAAGCUACAGUACCUACAAAAGGCUCUGCUCUGGCCGCUGGCUAUGACUUGUAUGCAUCAGCCGAAUGCACUAUUGCUGCCAAUGGAAAAGCUUUGAUAGACACAGAUUUGUCAAUUGCUGUUCCACAAGGCACUUACGGACGCAUUGCUCCACGAAGCGGACUUGCCGCUAAGCACUUCAUUGACGUUGGUGCCGGUGUUAUUGACGCUGACUAUCGUGGACACGUUCGCGUUUUGCUCUUCAACCAUGGGGGCUCUGAUUUCCCAGUCAAAGUCGGUGACCGUAUUGCCCAGAUUAUAUUAGAAAGAAUUAUCACCCCUCCUGUUUUGCAGGUUGAGAACUUGGAGGCUACUGUUCGUGGCUCUGGCGGUUUUGGAAGCACCGGUGCUUAA